AUGUCUGCAACCAAGCUAGCAACCAACGAGAAAUGGAAGAAGUGCGCAGAGUACCAGCGAAGUGAGAUCUGCGAAAUGGAGGAACCAGAGCCGCUGCCAGAUGACGCCGUUCCAGAGCUUCGUCGUGCUGUGGUCGUAAGCGCGGCCAUCCAGUACGAAACAUUCCAACCAACGUUCGAGAGGAUCGAAUCGUUUCGAGAGCUGCAGCGCAUCUUCGCCUACGUCGUGCGGUUCUGCCGCAACUGUAAGGAGAAGGUCAAGGAAAGGCGGAUCGUGUCAAGGUACCCUACGAUCCCAGAGAUGCGCGAGUCGCAGAAGGCGAUUUUGCGUGUGGUGCAACACCUGGAGUUCGCCGCCGAAAUAGCCAAGAAACUAAAUUGUUUGAACCCAUUUCUGGACGAUGGGUUGUUGCGUGUGGGCGGUCGCCUGCGCCAUUCGCGGCUGCCGUACGCAACCAAGCACCAGUGGAUACUGCCGCAGCACAACAAGGUGGUGCAGAACCUGGUCAGAUGCAUUCACAAGGAGAACUUGCAUGCUGGCCCGCUGGCAUUGCUGGCGGCAGUUCGCCGGCUAUUCUGGAUAUCCAACGCUCGUUCGGUGGUACGCAAGAUCACACGGAGCUGCGUGCAGUGUUUCAAGGUCAGUCCCACGACAGCCAAGCAGUUUAUGGGAGACCUGCCAACGAAUCGCUGCGACAGAGCUCCAGCGUUUCAGAAGGUUGGCCUGGACUUCGCGGGCCCGUUCCUCAUCAAGCAAGCUGGGCGGAAGGCGGCCCCGGUCAAGGGUUACGUGUGCGUGUUCGUGUGCAUGGUAACGAAGGGAAUCCACCUGGAGGCGGUCGAGAGCCUGUCGACUGAAGCAUUCAUCGCUGCGCUGCUACGGUUCGUGUCCCGCCGUGGUCUACCCGAGGAGCUGUUUUCUGAUAACGGGACGAACUUCGUCGGCGCCAAGCACGAGUUACACGACCUGUACAAGCUGUUGCAGGAUCAGCUGACGGAGAGAAAGAUUUUUGAGUUUUGCCAGCCGCGCGAGAUUCAAUGGAGUAUGAUCCCCCCUGGCGCACCGCACAUGGGUGGAAUUUGGGAAGCAGGAGUCAAGAGCACCAAGACGAUCCUGAAGAAGGUAUGCAACACUGCGUUACUCACGAUGACGGAAUUUGCUACCCUGCUCUGCCAGUUUGAGGCGCAACUCAAUUCGCGUCCUCUGUACGCGCAGUCCGAGGACCCAUCGGACCCCAAACCGCUAACGCCGGGACAUUUUUUGAUUGACCGUCCGCUGACGGCAAUACCAGAGCCAACCUACGAGGAGAUUCCUACAAAUCGACUGUCCCGCUGGCAGUACGUCCAGGUGCUCCGUGACAACUUUUGGAAUCGCUGGUCACGGGAGUAUCUGGUGGAACUUCAAGCUCGGGGAAAAUGGACCAGGAAGAUGGUCAACGUGCGCAAGGGCAUGGUUGUCAUGAUCAAGGAGGACAACUUGCCACCCCAAUCGUGGAGACUCGGAGUGGUUACCGAAACUUACCCGGGUCCGGACAAGAUGGUUCGAGUCGUCGACUUGCGAACACGUUCCGGAAUAUUGAAGCGGCCGAUCCACAAGCUGGCACCGCUGCCGAUUCUGGACAACGCCGAGACUACAGCCGCUUCCGGUGGGGAGGAUGUUCGGGCCGAAAGCUGUCAGCCCGAAGAUAAUUUUACAACUGAGCAGUGUCCAACCCCACGGCUACUGCGAUCGACGACAAAGCUGGCAACCGCGCGCCGUUGA